AUGGCUUAUAAAUACUUAAUGCUGAUAAUAGCUUUUGCCACAAUAGAGAUCAACUUCACAGAGAGUCGCCAGAGUGACAAAAGAAGAUGGAAAACGGAUAAAAGUUUAUACUCGCAUUAUGUGAAUAUUUGCGACAUUCAAGAUAGAGUAUCAAAGGUUCAUUGCUACUGUGAAAAUAUCAAAUUAAAAACGGCAACGAGGGCCGAUUGUUGGGUGUUCAACGGUGGUAUCGCAGAAGACGAUCCAUUCUGGUCUAAUUUCUAUUCACAGCCAAUGAUCGAAAAGUUAAGCUUCAACGUGAGGGCCGACGGUGGACUGACUUACAUACCGGCAAAGAUAAUUGUUAGAUUGGAGCGUUUGCAAAACUUGAAUAUACAAUACGCGAACAUUUACAGUAUACCGUCUUUCGCGUUCACAAACUCCACAUCGCUGCGCGAAAUAGUGCUGCCCAAGAACAAAAUCGUUAAACUCGAGAGAAUGUCUUUCGCGCACCUCAUAAUGCUGUCCAACGUCAGUUUGGUAGAAAAUCAAAUAUUCGAAUUGGAAAGGGACACCUUUUACGACUUACCAAAUCUGCAAAGAUUAUAUUUAUCAAAGAAUAAGAUAGAAGUUCUCCAUGACGGCUGCUUUAAGCAUCUGAACAACCUUAUCAAGCUUGAUCUUGGCAGUAACGCUCUGACGGUUAUAGUUCGGGAAAACUUCCAAGGACUGUCAAAUUUAAUCAACUUAGAUAUGAGAAACAACAAACUAAUGAUGAUAGGUGACUUAUCCUUCACCGAACUUUGGAGCCUCCAAGAGUUGUAUCUUGACAACAACGAAAUAGAAUUUAUAUCUGAGCGAGGUUUUGGUGGAUUGACUCAAUUGAGGAAACUUUCAGUAGCCGAUAAUAAGUUGAGAAUUCUAGACGACAAUUUACUUAACGAUGUUCAAAAGCUUAAUGUUUUGGAUUUAAGGAACAACAACUUGGAAAGUUUAAAACAGGAAACAUUGCAGAGUGUAAUGGAAAAUUUUAAGUCGAAUUAUGCCUUGCUGGCGCUUGACGGUAACAAGAUGACUUGCGACUGCAGUUUGUUGUGGCUCCAGAAGUUGAGUAAUGAAACUCGAAGCAAACGUGUCAAAACCGCGCUCGCCAGGCUCAGCUGCGUCAGCGAUAUCAAGAAGCCAAACGCGAGCAAUAUUAGAAUCGACAAAAAUAUUGGCGCACCCUUUAAAAGUAACACGAUGACUUUUAAGAGCAGCAUGGACAAAACUUACGAGGAAAUCGAUGGAAGCACCGACGAUGACGUCAACUACGAGGACUCUUUGCAGGAUCAGGUGAACGAAUCGAAAGGCACUAAUAUAGAGUAUCGCAGGAAAUUGUUGGAAUUGCACGCGGAAGCACUACCGUGUCCGAGUAAGCUUAGCUUUGAGGCGUCUUAUUCUCCACCCACUCAGGACGAAGUGAAAUAUUAUAAGUCGUCAUCUUGCCGAGCGCUCACAGUUAAUGUAAUUAUUUUAUUGCCCCUUCUCCACAUCGUGUUUGAAAAAAUUGUAAGA